AUGGCCUUAGUCCCUACUAAGGUAGGGCGAGGGGGAAAGAAGGAGUGGAAGUGUCGGCGUUGUGGAAAAGAUCACUAUGGGAAAAACUGUGAGGGGCAAAGCAUUUGUUUCAAAUGCAUGAAGACGGGGCAUAGAAUCAAGGAGUGUCCUGUUUUAAAUCAAUCUGGAAAUGCUAAAGGUAAUCAGCGACCUGGUGAGGUGUUGCUGCUGAAAGCGGCUGAGCAAAAACCCAAAGUGACUUCAUGUGAUUUGAGUGUAACUUUGCCUGAUAAAACUACCUUCCGAUGUAAGUAUAUGCUGAAAGAAUGUGAUAUUAGAAUUGCGGAGGUGGAUUUGAAGGCAGAUUUGAUAAUGUUUGAUUUAGGUGUGUAUGAUGUGAUUCUGGGUAUGGAUUGGUUGAGUAAAAAUCGAGCUAUAAUAGAAUGUUAUACUCGAGUGGUGAAACUUCGACCCUUCUUAGAGCGGACCAUUACCAUCAGGGCUGGGAUGGUGCUAUGGAAGCACAUAUUUGUCAGGUGGAACAAGAGAGAAACUGAAUCAAAAUUGAUGAAUAUACCGGUAAUUCAGAAAUUUCCCGAUGUAUUUCCGGAGGAUUUACCAGGGUUGCCUCCACAUCGAGUUGUGGAUUUUCAUAUAGAUUUGAUUCCGGGAGCUACCCCGAUCUCAAGAGCUCCGUAUAGGAUGGCCCAGCUGAGAUGGUAG